UUUAAAAUGUCUCCUAACAGAUUGGGAUAUAGCCUUUCAGUUCAAUUUGUACCUCUGAUUAUAUCAUACAUACUCUUUUGAAACAUGUAAUUUGUAUUUGAAAUAUUAUGGACAUCUCCCUUUUGGUCACAUAGAAUGGCAACUAGAACGGCUGUCAUGAAAAACAUUAAAAGUACCAAAUGUGAGAGAAAAUAUGGAGAAACUGGAACCUCCAUCAUUGCUGGUAGGAAUAUAAAAUGGUGCAGCCACAUGGGAAAACAGUUUAGCAAUUUCUAAAAAAUUGAAUGUACACUUACCACAUGAACCACCAAUUUCACUCCUAGGCAUCUACACCAGAGAAACAAGGACAUAUGCCCAUACAAACUUUUAUAUUCAGGUGUUCAUGACAGCAUUAUUUAUAAUAGCCAAAACAUGGCACCAACCCAAACGUCCAAAAGCUGUUGAAUGAACAAACUGUGGUCUAUCCAUACACUGGAAUACCAUUCAGCAAUGAAAAGGGACAACCUUCUCAUACCUGCUACAACAUGGAUGACCCUUGAAAAUGUGCCAUGUGAAAAGAGCCACACAAAACUAUUACACCUUGUAUGAUUCCAUUUGUAUCGUCAAUGUUGGUGUAUAGCUCCAUCGCAUGGAUGUAGCAUAAAUUCUUUCACCAAGCCCUAUUGUUUGAUUUGAUGUUGUGUCCCAGUUUCCAAUAUUACAAACAAUGCUGUGAUGACCAUCUUUGUGGCUACGUGUUUGUGGCCAUCCUUAAUUAUGUCUUUACACCAAUGUCCAGAAGUGGAACUGGCAGUCUUAAGGUGGGUGCAUUUUAAGGCUUCUGGGAACUGUUGCAAAGUAGCCCUGCACAGUUUGCUCAGACUGCACUCCCACCAGCAGAGCAAGAGGGUCCAGGGUCUCCUUUCUCCAUUACAGCCCCUCCCUCCUGGCACUGCUCACUCAUAGGAGGCUGUCCCAGGUCCCAGGGCCACCCCCCUCACCAUACUCUGUAUUUGUUUGUAGUUUCCUGGGUGCACUGCCACCAUGGCCUGGUUCUCCAACAAUGCCAACUGUGGAUUUUCAGUCUUCACCCUUGCCACCGUAGGAUGGAUCCUCUCCUCUAUGUCCAUGGGCCUUGUGGACUGGCGAACAUGGCAUGUGAAAGGCACCCCACCCUACCCCCCUGCGGUCGCCUACGUGGGACUAUUUAGAGUCUGCAUUUACGAGCAUCACACCAACAGGACCACAGCCAUAUUUUGUUACCUAUACAGCUCCAAGGACAACUUUCUCCCUUCUGAAAUUUACAUGGCUCAAAGCUUCCUACUGACUGCCAGCAUUUUCGGAUUCUUUGGGAGACUCGUUAAAAUCUUAGCACUUAGGAACAUGUCCUUGGGACUAUUUGGGGGCAACACCUACAAUUCAUUCAUUGUUUCAGGAAUUCUCAACAUUGCUGCUGGUAUGUUUAUCUUAAUUGCUGUGUUCCAGAACUAUGAUGCUAUCAUUAAUUCAAAGGGGAUCACCUUCCCACCAUCUUUCCAAAUGCCCUUCAAGCCAGAUGUGCAGGAAGUCGGCAUGGCCAUUCAAGUGGCAGGGAUAGCUGCCUUCCUGAUGCUGUUAAGUGGGAUAUUUUCUCUGUUGUACAGAUGUUCCCUAUACGCCCAAGUGCAUCCUGAAAUUUCAGAAAUGUGAGUUUCCUGGUUGCAUUGGCUUUGCAAAUGCAAGAUUUCUGGGAGUUUAUGGGAGUGUUAUUAGCAUGCUCUACCAAAUAUUUCCAAGGACUCAAGACCAUGGAGUGGGUAGUUUGGGACAGAAGGUGGCCAACUGCUUCCUUCUGUUAUCUUGUGUAUCUGAAUGUGGUUCACUGAUUUGUUGGUUGAAUUGAGAACUUUUAUUAAAAAAAAAAAUCUUCCCACCUGCCAGUUGGUCUUAUUGCAACUGGAUUUUAAUUAUUGUUGGCUAAAGCAAAUAACCAACACCAUAAAUUAAGGGUAGGGAAUUAAGAGUUUCUAAGCACAUUAACUCUCACAUCUCCCUCU